CGAGGCUGGCGUCCCAGGAGGCGGCGGCGGGCGGCGACAGCCCGGGCGCGGACGCCCUCGGCGCGGGUUGGGGCAUCACCAAGGGCCUCGACCCCGAAAUGGCGCUGCUGGCCGAGCACCUGCUCAAGCCGCUGCCCGCGGACCGGCAGAUCGAGACCGGGCCCUUCCUGGAGGCGGUGGCCCACCUGCCGCCCUUCUUCGAUUGCCUUGGAUCCCCAGUGUUCACACCCAUCAAGGCGGACAUAAGUGGGAACAUCACGAAAAUCAAAGCCGUGUACGACACUGACCCAGCCAAGUACAGGACCCUGCAGAACAUCCUGGAAGUGGAGAAGGGAAUGUAUGGAGCAGAGUGGCCCAAAGUGGGAGCCACACUGGCACUGCUGUGGCUAAAAAGGGGCCUGCGCUUCAUCCAGGUGUUCCUGCAGAGUAUCUGUGACGGGGAACGGGAUGAGAACCACCCCAACCUCAUCCGAGUAAACGCCAACAAGGCCUAUGAGAUGGCCCUAAAGAAAUACCAUGGCUGGCUAGUGCAGAAAAUCUUCAAGGCAGCGCUGUAUGCAGCACCCUACAAGUCUGACUUCCUGAAGGCACUCUCCAAGGGGCAGAACGUGACAGAGGAGGAGUGCCUGGAGAAGAUCCGCCUCUUCCUGGUCAACUACACGGCCACCAUCGACGCCAUCUAUGACUUGUACACCAAGAUGAACGCGGAGCUCGACUACACGGUGUAGGCGCCCAGACACACAGCCCCGAGUGGGAGCAACCAACCCCGCAUCACUGUGAAUCGAGCUGGGGUCCCCAGCCCAGCUGCCAGGCCAGCCUAGGUCUGCAGGUGGCAGCCUCAGCUUGUUAGAGGUCGUUCUCUUUGUCUUGUCUUUUUUCGCCUAUUCUAAUGGAGCAAUAAAUACCUACUCACUCCCGCUUCCUCAGAAACCCAGAUGGAGCACACCUUCCUUCCAAUGUGGUCAAAACCAACUAACGUUGCUAAUGAUCAAUUCCUAGGGUUUUCUGUCUCUUCCUCUCCUACCCAGUUCAGGAGGAGCCCAGCUCAGGGGAGGCAUACACCUCACCCAGCAAAGAAACCUGGUCUGUCUGGCCCAAGGAUCUCUUAGAUGUUUGGAGGACAAUGGAGUCUGAUUGGAAGUUCAGCAGGGUCCUUGCUGCUGUGGUGUCUGUUUAAAAAGCAAGCUGGCAGGAGCCCUCACAUGACAAGCACAUCUAACAUUGCCAGCCCUGCUGCUCUCUCUCUCUCUCUCUCUCUCUCUCUCUCUCUCUCUCUCUCUCUCUCUCUCUCUCUCUCUCUCUCUCUCUCUCUCUCUCUCUGUCAGACAGGUUUUUUUUUUUAAGCCGAAAUGUACCAGCAAGCCUUUUCAAGCAAUUGACUAGGCACACACAGGUGACGGUACGUGACCAAAUUUGCAUUCUACUGCGUAAUUAUUUUCUUCAGGGACGGGUUUUCCAACCUAAGAAACUGCCUGUCACAGGAGCCCUCCAGCUCUGAAGACCCAAGUAACUGCCUUGCUGCCUUAAGUGUCCUUCUGGCGCUAAGAAGAGCUAUAUUUUUUAAAGUAUAAGGGUAAAAAAACCCUGAUGUGUGUUAAAGGAAAAAAAAAACCCAAUGAGGAACAAUUGGUGAUUUUUAUGCAGAAAUUAAAUAAUCCGUAAUAAAUAAAUCUAUAUUUUGAAGUCUU